AUAAACUUGCCCCAGAGCUCAUAAGGGACUGUUCAGCCAUUCGCCUGAUCACCGUCGACCACUCACCUUCACUUCUGAGCAACGCCGCCUACCGUGAUGCGUUUCUCCAUUCUCUCCUCGAUUGCCGCGCUCUCCGUGAGCACCCUCGCAUUUGCUCAGAUCACGCCUCCUAUAUACGAGGAAACCUCGUUCAGUUCCAAGUACACCGAUACUGAUGCAUCCGUCGACAUCCUCACCUGCGGCUCUCAGCUCGCUGCUGAAGGGUACACCACCGUCGGUGCUAUCCCCGGUAACAUCGCCGGGUUCGCCAACAUCACCAGCACAGACUCUUCCCUCUGCGGGCAAUGUUACACCCUGGAGUACGCGGGGGCGUUCCUCACCAUUCGUGUCGUGGACACGGCGGAGACCGGCUUCGUGACCACGAAGGGCGCAUAUGAGACUCUGACGGGAAACCAAACGCCGAUCCCUCCUAGUGUUGAUGCUCGGGUUUUGGAGGGUCCUACUAGCUGCUGAAGCUUACAGCGCUGCAGGUGAGUACACCGAGAAUACCAGACUUCCGGAUAUCUCUGAGCCGCUUCAUGUUACAGCACUGCCUAUAAAUAUAAGUACAGCCUAGACACAAAUCACAGUUAAUUAGGAAUGUGACGUACAGGGAGCUCCGAGUCGAGAUCUGAUUUAUAUGGUGUUGAAGUCGGCCUUGACUCCCCUUGAGUCGAUGCACAGCGUACAAAUGAACGCAAAGCCUGGAUCGCAUAUCUUCUAAGUUACGCCAUGACCACGCAGAGCUGAGCCCAGUAUAACAAGAAAGAAAGGGAACCAAACAUAUGAUCCUCGAAGCUGUUUGACUCAA